AUGCUGUCAGAGUUAGGAUUCCCUGUGAAGUUUGUGAAUUGGGUGAUGCAGUGUCUUUAUUCUGUUUCUUAUUCUAUUCUGAUAAAUGGUUGUCCCACAAAACCAAUUCCUGCAAAGAAAGGGUUGAGACAAGGUGAUCCCAUUUCACCUUACUUGUUUGCUUUGGGUAUGGAAUAUCUGUCAAGGUGUCUUGCUGCACUUGCUGAUAAUGCUGACUUCUCUUAUCACCCUAGAUGCAAAAAGUUGGAUCUCACCCAUAUGAUGUUUGCUGAUGAUUUAUUGAUGUUUUCCAGAGCUGAUGAGAGUGCUGUGAAAGCUCUUUUUAAUGCUUUUACCAAGUUUUCCUUGGCUUCUGGACUGGAGGCUAACUUGCAUAAAAGUGAAGUUUACUUGGUUGGUGUUUCUGAUCAUGUUGCUUCCAAUAUUGUUAGCUCAAUUGGGGUUCCUCAGGGGUCUUUUCCUUUCAGAUACUUGGGUGUUCCUCUCACAACUAGGAAGCUUUCUUUUACAGACUGCAAGCCUCUCAUUGAUAGAACUGUUGCUAGAAUCAAGAGCUGGACUUCUAAAUUUCUAUCCUAUGCAGGUAGGUUGCAAUUGGUGAAAUCUGUUCUCUUUGGUAUCCAACUUUACUGGUGUCAGAUUUUUGUUAUGCCUAAAAAGGUGAUGAAAGAAAUUCAGAGAAUUUGUAGAUGUUUCUUGUGGUGUGGUGCUGAUGCAGAUUCUAGGAAAGCUUCAAUCUCUUGGGAGCAAUUAUGUUUUCCUAAGAGUUGUGGAGGGUGGAAUCUUAAAGACCUAACUGUGUGGAAUAAAGCAGCAGUUUUGAAGCACUGUUGGGCUUUAGCUUUGAAGCAGGAUAGGCUAUGGGUGAGGUGGAUUCAUGCUUAUUACAUUCAGCAUAGAGACUUCUGGACUAUGCCAAUUCCUAAUGGCUUAACUUGGUCUUUGAGGAAAAUUUGGCAUAAUAGAGAAGUGUUUCUGCAGGCCAAUGGAGUUGAUCAGUUUGUGCAGGCUGGUAAAUUUAGAAUUCAGAAAAUGUAUAAGUUUCUUCAUCCAGUUGGAGCUCAGGUGGGAUGGAAGAGAUUGAUCUGUAAUAGCGAUGCUAGUCCAAAGAGUACUUUCAUUAUGUGGCUAGCAGUGCAGAACAGGCUAGCUACAAAAGACAGAUUGAUAAGAUGGCAACUGAAUAUUGAUGGUACUUGUGGCCUGUGUCAGUUGGAAAGUGAAAGCUUGGAGCACUUGUUCUUCUCUUGUUCUUAUUCUAAGGAGAUUUGGAGACAGGUUCUACUUUAUCUAGGUGUGACUAGAACUGUGUUGCCUUGGCAUGAUGAGGUACAGAUUGCAGUAAAGAAAAGCAGAAGUAAACAGAAGAAGGCUUGCGAGUAUAGUAUAGCUUUCAUUGAGUCAGUUUACUGUGUCUGGUUGCAAAGAAACUCUAAGGUGUUUAGGGAUCAUGUUGAUCCAGUCAAAACUGUUGUUAGCAACAUUAUGUUUAAUGUUGAGUGUAGAUGUCAGUAG